UUUGACGCUGCAGAAAAGUAGAGGCCUGAAAAUGCAUUGUUCUCUCGAGUCUCGCGAAACAAAGAAUAAAAAGAAGAAUAAUAAAUGGAAAAGCCCUAUGAUCUCGAUACACGGAAAAGAGAAAUGCAUCUUCAUUGUACGAGUUAUGAGAUGGAAGCGGAAUUCCAACGCCGCUUGUUUGCACCAGAAUCGCCUUCACCAUUCAUUCGGUAUACGAAUCCAUUAUUGCGCCGCCCCCACCAAGAACGCCAAGAACAGAGGAGUAGUAGAAACUGGCUCCAUCUUCCGGUGGAACUCAUUCUUAUCAUCUUCGAGAAGCUCGGAGCCAUAGAGGUUCUCACCAGUGUCCAGCGAGUGUGCAUGCUCUGGCGGACCAUCUGCAAGGAUCCGUACACGUGGCGCGUGAUCAACAUGCGCGUCUUGGGGUUUCCCAAAUUCAUGGACUACCAAUUGAGUUCGCUGUGCCGCCGUACCAUCGAACGCAGCUGCGGUCUCUUGGUGGAGAUAAGUAUUGACUAUUUUGCUACCGAGGAUCUCCUCAACGACAUCGCUAAUUCUUGUGGAAGUCGUCUUCGACGUUUACGACUUAAGAAGUGCUUCACACACGAAUCAAAUAGACUGAUGUAUGACUUAGCUAAAAAGUUUCCUUUGCUUGAGGAGCUUGAUAUUACCCAUUGCUACUGGUGGUUUUACCCUAUUUCUUUAGAAUCUUUUGGUCAAGCUUGCCCUCUUCUAAAAACCUUGAAAUUCAACCACCACCGCCAACAUUUUUAUUAUGAUCGCAUUUCUUCUUGUUACGUCCGCGAAGAUAAUGCAUAUGCAUAUGCUAUUGCACGAAGCAUGCCACAGUUACGCCAUCUCCAACUUCUUGGAAGCACGUUGGAUUAUGAUGGUUUGCAUGCUAUUCUUAACGGUUGUCCACAUCUGGAAUCUCUAGAUCUAUGUCACUGUAUCAACCUUGAUACGAAAAGAGAAAUAAUAAUAGAAAUGUUGCAAGGAAGAAUCAUGAAUUUUAGACUUCCAAUUCUAGGUGCAUCAACAAUUGACUAUGAGUUUUGUUCGUUACUACCUUAUGAAAAGGCAAUCCAGAAUCAGGAUUUCAACUCUUUAGCAUGGGAAUGGCACCGGUUUCAUCAAGCUAGCAUGAAGAAUAAAAACAUAGUCAAACUUGGCUUAGUAGUAAAAUAUGAAGACGAGGAGGUUUGGGAGGAUAUCCAUAUGAUAUGGGUCACUAUGAAAAUGAGAAGAAGGCAUAGACGAGAGAGUAGUAAUAAUUUCAAAGCGCUUCAAAGAUCACGCCAGAAAAGGAAAGAAACACGGAGAAGAAAAGGAAAGAAACAUUAACCUCAGAAGCAUGUGUUUUGGAGAGGAAUUACAAUUAUUAUUCUGAAGAUUGAAUUCAAGAACAAGACGAGUGUGGGAGGAUAGAGAUAUCAUAUGGCCAAAUUUUGAAAACUAUAAGAUGUGCAAUUGAUGAUUUAAUUUUCUAGCUAUUUUGAGUGUUUAUUAUUGGUUUUGUUGGUUUGGUACAAGAUAUUAUUUGUUGAUAUAAGAAAUUAAAUAUGAUAUUUUUUUGUCGCA